AGCAAAACACAUUUUUUGUGAUUGGAAAAGGAUCACAAAAAGUAAAUUUAAUUAAAUAAUGUCGAAAGGAGCAAAGAAUCACCAUUUAAAGUCCAAUGUGAACGAGUUUCUUAAUAAUAAGCGUAACAUAGAGGCACUAACGAACGUAAUAGACAGCUUUAAGAAUGCACUUGAAAAACAGAUUCCUUUAACUACAGUUAUUUUAUCAUGCGAGACUAUUUUUGUCGAACUACUACGAUCCCAUGACAUGACUAUUCAUAUAAAAUCACUUCAGGGAAAAGAAAACUCGCCAGAAAAUAACUACAAGCAGUUCCUUCAAGAGCGAUACAUUGAGACAUUUAAUCUUAUUAUUGAAUGUCUUGGAAGUGACAAAACAUCUGAUGCACAUCAGGCACUCACUACAUGCAUGAAAUUCAUAGCCAUAGAAGGAACAAAUCCUUUGGAAAGUCAUGAUAAUCAUCAGACUGAAUUUCCAAUCGUACAUUUAAACAAAGUAAUUAGUAAAUUACUUCUCUCGCAUCGUAUUAUGAAAAAUGUCAUCGUUAAGCUAUCAGAAUAUACAAUGUUUGAUGAUUUUUGUUACUUUGUAUGGAAAUUGCUGCUUAAAAACUUAAUUCCAACAACUAAAAACGACUUGAACAAUGAAUUUAUUCAGAAUUAUUUGGAAUUGCUAAAUGUAUUGAUUCCGGCAUCGCCCAAUAAUAAUCAAAAGUAUGCAGAACAAGACGAUGACGACGAAAAGAGAUUUUUAUGUAAGGUAGUCAAGUUCGAUGAGCAAUUAUUGAGGAAGAAUGUUAAUAAAAUCUGGAAUUUCAUUGUUCAAUGGCCACAUAAUGACGUAACACAACGUCAAUUGCUAGUUUUGCUAUUGGAAAAAGUUCUAGUUCAUCUGGAAAAGCCCGCCCUUCUUACUGACUAUUUAAUGGACACACUUGAUGUCGGUGGGCAAGUAUCGUUGCUAGCAUUGCAAGGAAUUUUCAUUUUAAUUCACAAGUACAAUAUGUCUUAUCCAAAUAUUUAUGAGAAACUUUAUGCCAUGUUUGAGCCAGAAAUAUUUCAUAUGAAAUUUAAACCACGACUUUUUCAUCUUGCUGACAUUUUUCUGUCAUCAACUUACCUACCCGAAACACUUGUUGCUGCAUUUGCAAAACGUUUAGCACGUCUCUCGCUCGUGGCACCUCCACAAGAUAUCAUUAUUAUCUUGUUUUUCAUUGGAAAUUUAAUCAUUCGACAUCCGGGAUUAAAACGUUUGAUUUGUGAUGCAGCAAAUGGAGGACAUGAAAUCUCAAAUGAUCCAUUCUUGAUGGAUGAAUGUGAUCCAAACAAGUCGUUUGCCUUGCAAAGUUCACUUUGGGAAAUUCAGUUACUUAAGAGUCAUAUGUUACCAUAUAUAUCGCAAACAGCUAAGAAUAUCACAUCACAGCCACUACCAAAUCGUGAAUGGGAUCUUGGAGAGUACUUGGAAGUUAAGGAAAAUGAUCUUUUCGACCAGGAAAUAUCAAAGAAAGCAAAAGAGUAUGCACUGACAUUUGAACGACCAAUGACGGAAACAAAGAAUCAACAUUCAGCUAUGUCAAAAUAUUGGAAGUUUUAAACAAAAAUAACAUUUUCUUGCUACCUAUUUCCAGUUUUCCCAUACAAAUUAUAAUUUUUCCUUUCUGUUUCUUUAAUAAGUGAUAUGAAAUAAUAGAUAAUACUGUUAAGAAUGUUUUAUGU